UGCAAUUCUCGCCAACUUCCACCUUCGUUGCACUCUUCUCUAAACUCAUUUCUCCAAUCUGAAACCCUAAUUCAUUUCCCAUCUCUUCAUUUUCCGUCACUUUCUCGAGAAAACUCUCUCUCUUCUUCCCUUUCUCCCCCUUUACCCGAAAUUCAGAUCUGCAUGGUGCUGGGUUUCUCCAGGGCAUAAUUUUCAGACCUCCUUCAAAUUCCUUCAGAUUUAGUCGCGGUUUUCCCAAUAUUACAGCUCUUCUGAAUCGGGAUUAGAGAGAAUAGCAGGGUUAGAAAAGAGUCGGAUACGAACCCAUAUCAAUAGAUUCAAAUCUGCUUCUUUUGAGGGGGUAGCCGGGGCCUCGGCCUCGGCGGGUUCUAACGCCCCCAUCCAUUACAAACUCAUUACAAAAACCCAUUCAAAAUCUUUCAAUUCUAACCAAUUAUACAAAAUUCUUUCGUUUCGUUUGUAGCCUAACUUUUCCGACCGGGAAGAAUCCAGAGGUAAAAUAGGAAAGAUGCCUGCCCUAGCUUGUUGCGUAGACGCUGCCCACGCGCCUCCUGGCUACGCUUUAAUUAACCCUUGCGCGGACAGCUCUUCCUCCUCCCUUCUUCCGUCGCCGGUCAAUUUUUCCGGCGUACCUCAGCCGCCAACCACUGCCGCCAACAAUUGGUCGCCGACCCUCUCCUCCGCUCUUUACAAUCUCGACGGAUGGGGCGCUCCUUAUUUUUCCGUCAACUCUUCCGGCAACAUUUCCGUUCAGCCCUACGGUACUGAAACCCUUGCUCACCAGGAUAUCGAUCUAAUGAAAAUUGUUAAGAAAGCUUCAGAUCCGAAAUCCAUGGGCGGACUCGGGUUGCAACUGCCCCUUAUUAUUCGAUUACCCGAUAUUCUCAAGAAUCGGCUUGAGUCGCUUCAGUCAGCCUUCAAUUUCGCUGUUCAAUCUCAGGGCUAUGAGGCUCAUUACCAAGGUGUUUAUCCAGUAAAAUGUAACCAAGACCGGUUUGUUGUCGAAGAUAUUGUUCGGUUUGGUUCUCCUUUCCGAUUCGGCCUUGAAGCUGGGUCGAAACCGGAGCUUCUCCUAGCUAUGAGCUGUUUGUGCAAAGGAAACCCGGAUGCUUUUCUGGUUUGUAACGGGUUUAAAGACAGUGAGUACAUUUCUCUAGCUUUAUUAGCUCGUAAACUCGCUUUGAAUACUGUAAUUGUGCUUGAACAAGAAGAAGAGAUUGAUUUAGUCAUUGGGUUAAGCAAAAAAAUGUCCAUUCGGCCUGUGGUGGGAGUUCGUGCUAAGCUUAGAACAAGGCACUCGGGUCAUUUCGGGUCUACUUCCGGUGAGAAAGGGAAAUUUGGGUUAACCACGAUCCAGAUUUUACGGGUUGUGAAGAAACUUAAUGAAGCUGGAAUGGCCGAUUGCCUUCAGUUGCUGCAUUUUCAUAUCGGAUCGCAAAUUCCUUCGACAUCAUUACUCGCUGAUGGUGUUAGUGAGGCUGCUCAAAUCUAUUGUGAGUUAGUCCGUCUCGGUGCAAAUAUGCAAGUUAUUGAUAUUGGAGGUGGAUUGGGUAUCGAUUAUGAUGGAUCAAAAUCAGGUAACUCGGAUCUUUCUGUUGCUUAUGGGCUUGAAGAGUAUGCUUUAUCUGUUGUUCAGGCUGUUAAGUUUGUUUGUGACCGUAAGAGCAUUAAACAUCCGGUGAUUUGUAGUGAGAGUGGACGUGCUAUUGUUUCUCAUCAUUCUAUUUUGGUAUUUGAGGCUGUGUCUGCUAGUCCCGUGUCUAGUGCUGCGUCUUCGAUGACUUCAGCCGGGUUUCAGUAUCUUAUGGAUGGACUUACGGAGGAUGCAAUUUCCGAUUAUCGGAAUUUAACAGCUGCAGCUAUGAGGGGUGAGUAUGAUACUUGCCUUCUUUAUGCUGAUCAAAUGAAACAAAGAUGCGUUGAUCAGUUUAAAGAAGGUACCAUUGGUAUGGAACAGUUAGCUGCUGUUGAUGGGUUAUGUGAACUAGUUGGUAAAGCUAUAGGUUUAUCUGAGCCCACUCGUACUUACCAUGUUAAUCUGUCGGUUUUCACUUCAAUUCCUGAUUUCUGGGGGAUUGGGCAGUUGUUUCCGAUUGUCCCAAUUCAUCGAUUAGAUGAGAGGCCAGCGGUGAGAGCAAUUUUGUCUGAUUUAACAUGUGACAGUGAUGGGAAGGUCGAUAAGUUCAUAGGCGGAGAGUCUAGCUUGCCUCUGCAUGAAAUCGAAGGCGGUGGGGGUUACUACUUGGGGAUGUUUUUGGGCGGGGCUUAUGAGGAGGCGCUCGGUGGUGUUCACAACUUGUUUGGUGGCCCCAGCGUUGUGCGGGUUUCGCAGAGUGAUGGACCGCAUAGCUUUGCUGUGACUCGCGCUGUUCUGGGCCCGUCAUGUAGUGAUGUCCUCCGGGUUAUGCAGCACGAGCCUGAGCUCAUGUUCCAGACCCUCAAGCAUCGGGCCGAAGAACUAUGCCACCACGAUGAAGACAGCGACGAUGGAGAUAGCAGUGAUCACGGAAUGGGGAAUGAGGCUUUAACGAGCAGCCUUGCUCAAUCCUUUCACAAUAUGCCUUAUCUGGCGUCUGCUUCGUGUUCAUUGACUGCUUUAAACACUGGUGGUUUCUACUACUGCAAUGAGGAUGCUGCAGAUUCUGCUACCGCCGAUGAAGAGCAGUGGUCCUAUUGCUGUGCUUGAGUGUUUGGUUGGUUGGUUUGUGGUAGAGGUGGUCCGAUUUUAACUUUUGUUUUUAAUUUCCUUAAUGUUGAUUCUGAAUUUCCAUUUAAAUAUUUCUUAUGUCAGAGCAAAAGAUGCAAUCUUUUUGCAUUUUGUGGUAGGAAGAGGGGAUGGGUAAACCGAAUAAAUCCCCUUUUAGUACAUUCGGGAUCGAUCUUAUUCCCUCUUUUUCCUAUUCUCUUUUAGUAUUAUCUCCUUUUUCAAGAAUUUUUAGUUGAAUAGUCAUUUUCUUAUUUAA